ACUGAUCAUACUAAAACAUGCUCAUUAAUGCUUGCAAGUAGACCAAUGGUGAGCUGCCUAAAAAAGGGACUCCAAAACCUGGCCGCGAGUAGGGUCUUCUUCCUGGGCCUGAGUCUUGGUGCGCAAGGUGUAAUUCUUGCAUAGAGCGUUGUAGAAUGGGAAUUUCACAUGGUGCCCAUCGCACUUGAGCACCAAAAUCUAAUUCUUUUAUAUUCUCAACAAUUUUUUACUUUGUUGGGGUCAUCAUUUCAUGUUUUUGCUGCUGUAAGUCACAUGAAAACGUCCUGCUGCUCUCUUACGACCUUUAAGGUUUGACCAGGUAUCGUCUAUCAAUACACUGAUGAGAUGAAUUGAGAUGGUAGACCAGAGUGGAAGGCCGGAUACCGGGGAGACUGUUUGGGUGGUGGAAGGGAGGAUUUUCGCCGCUUGCCGUCCUCCCGCGUGCGGAAAAUUUACUCCCAAAUUUGGGACGAAAUAAAGACACAAGUAUAUGUUUUUCCCAUCAUAGAAAAAACAAGAUUUAGGGCAAUUGAAGUUGGUGGUUGAAUGGAAUGGCCGUUCAGCUGUAAAUUUCAGCUUGGGAAGGGCAACUAGGAGAGAGGAAGAGAGUGUGAUGCGUCUGCUCUUGGGUAUUAAAGCCGACGCUGGUGUUGUUUUCUUUGACAACGCGGGAGGAGGCCGGGGUUUCCGGCUGCAGUUUUGGCAAGAAGCGGUGCCGUCUCUGGAACAUUUCUGCCGUUGGUUUUUGAACCCUCUUUUGGGCCUUUCUUUCCUGAUCGACUCGCAUAGUGGGCUUUGCGGGAGGAUGGAGGCCGCCGAAGCUUCACCGAGCGCGCACAGAGGCGUCCGCCUGCAGGCCCCGCUGAGCAUCAAGAGAGAAUCGAACAAGAAAUGCCUGUGCCUCAUCAAACUCCAAAGCGAACUCUGAAACUUAAUUUGAGCCACCGUUUUCGUCCGUGGUAUCUGGAUGGAUCGGGUCGGUAUAGUUUUCUGCCGGAAAGCGGCCAUCUAGCUUUCCUUUCUGAGGUCCUGAAGGUUGAUUCCGUGUCCUGUUAUUGUCGAGUAGAUGCAGGCUUGAAAACUGUUGUAGGAGCUAGAAAAUUUGUUCCUGGAACGAAGCUAUGUCUCCAACCUGAUAUUAAACCUAAUGGGCCCAGGAUGAGGAAUUCACGCAGGGAACGUUGCAGAAACCAGGCACCACUCUUGCCUGGUCUUCCUGAUGAUCUUGCUAUUGCUUGUCUGAUCCGUGUUCCUCGAGCUGAGCACCCAAACCUUCGAUUAGUUUGUAAAAGAUGGAACCGCCUUUUGUCUGGAAACUACUUUUACUCCCUUAGGAAAAAGCUUGGGAUGGUAGAGGAAUGGGUUUAUGUGAUUAAGAGAGACCGUGAUGGGAAAAUAUCUUGGCAUGCUUUUGAUCCCAUCUAUCAGCUCUGGAAGCCACUUCCCCCUGUUCCUGCAGAGUAUUCUGAAGCACUUGGCUUUGGUUGUGCUGUUCUAAGCGGCUGCUACCUUUACUUAUUUGGAGGUAAAGAUCAACUGAGGGGCUCUAUGAGGCGUGUUGUCUUCUAUAAUGCCCGAACAAACAAAUGGAAUCGAGCUCCAGAUAUGCUACGAAAACGCCAUUUUUUUGGUUCGUGUGUCAUAAAUAAUUGCCUCUAUGUUGCUGGCGGAGAAUGUGAAGGGAUCCACAGAAACUUGCGUUCAGCUGAGGUAUAUGAUCCUAACAAGAACAGAUGGACCUUCAUUGGUGAAAUGAACACUGGAAUGGUACCACUUAUUGGGGUUGUUUUUGAUGGAAAUUGGUUCCUGAAAGGGCUUGAUUCUCACCGUCAGGUUGUAAGUGAAGUAUAUGUACCCACAACAAAUACGUGGUCCCCGGUUAAUGAUGGAAUGGUUACAGGAUGGCGAAACCCAAGCAUUUCAUUCAAUGGGAGGCUUUAUGCCUCGGAUUGCAGGGAUGGAUGCAAGCUUAGAGUCUAUGAUGGGGCUACAGAUUCGUGGAACAAGUUCAUGGAUAGCAAACAUCAUCUAGGCAACUCUCGUGCCUUUGAGGCUGCAGCUUUUGUAUCUCUCAAUGGUAAGCUCUGCAUCAUCCACAACAACAUGAGCAUCACUGUCAUCGACGUAUCAAAUCCAGGAAAGAACAUAGAGACUAUCAGUGCUCAUUUGUGGGAGACUGUUGCUGGGAAAGGCCAUUUAAAGACUUUUGUGGCAAAUUUAUGGUCAAGCAUUGCAGGUCGUAGUGGGUUGAAGAGCCACAUUGUUCACUGUCAAGUGCUUCAACUCUGAGGCUUACAGCAUUCUGAUGAUGGAAGAUAAACCGACAGAUGAUGUGUGGUUCUUGAUGAAGCCCUAUCGUGUUAUCUGCUGUUUAUACCAUCAUCAUGUUUGAGUAGUCAAAUUUCAGUCCAAGGAACUAUUUAUUCGCUGGCCAAUAUAUGUGGAUUCCUGCAUUUAGGUUGUUUUUCUUUGAGAGCCUGUUUGGGUAAUCCAGCAUGAUUGGGCAGCCCAUUUGGGUAUGGCCCGUAUCAACCCAAACACAUCACUAGCUGGAAUCUCGUGGGAGGAAACAAAAGAUUUUGUAGGUUCUUUUUUUCUCUCUGCAGUGAUGGGCUGGGGAGAUUUAGUUAUGUGGGCUGGGCUGGGUCUGCUAUCCUCUAACAGUUGAUAUACUGUUUCUAAUCCCAUGGAUCCUUUAGAAAUAUCCAAACAGAUCUUUGAAGGUUUAAGAUAGCAACCCUUUCUGGUGGAUAUACGUAUGAAGCUUUGCAGAGAAAAUAGGAACUUUUUUGCUAAGGCUCUUCUAGCAGUUUGCACUGGACUGUGGACUGCGUUACGCACCCCCCCCCCCCCCCCCCCCCCCCCCCCCCUCAAGAGAAGGAAAACUGUAAGCUAUAACAAUUACUUCUGAAUGUGAUUCAUCUCUAUUGCUGGUUCAAUCA